GAUUUACUGAGAUGCAACCGAGUUAAACAUACGAUGUCUUUUUUGAAUAUAAUCUUUUAGGUUGUGUUUCCGUGUUGUAUUCGUAAAAUCUGUCAUAUAAAACUGAAUAGUACCCCAUACAGCGGUUGAAUGUUACUUGAUUAAUUUCCUGGCAAAACACCGUGUUUCAUGUCUCGUACCAAUCUGCCCAUCCAACCCGCCAAGAUGUCCGACGCCACAUCCUCGAAGCCCCAAAUCUUUUCCAUCCAGGACCUCAAGCAGGCCGCAUCGGACAAGAUGUCUCAGAUGUACAGAGACUACUACAACGGCGGGGCCAUGGAUAACAUCACUCUGGCGACUAAUGAGGCUGCGUUUGACCGGUAUUUGCUUCGUCCUCGCGUUCUCCGUAAUGUUUCAAACAUUGAUAUGACUACUACGCUCUGGGGCACCAAGGCAGCGUUGCCUCUCGGCGUUUCUCCGUCGGCGAUGCAUCGUCUUGCGCAUGCUGAUGGAGAGGUUGGAACGUCAAAGGCUUGUGCUGCGCGUCACAUACCCAUGAUUCUGUCAGCUCUGUCCAACGAUACCCUUGAGGAUGUAUCUGGGCAGAGUUCGGAUGGAUCGACACCCUAUGCUAUUCAAGUUAGCCCAUUUAAGAAUCGGCAGAUCACCACCAACUUACUCAACCGUGCCAAAGCUGCCGGGUAUAAAGCUGUCGUAUUGACAGUGGAUGCUCCCAUGUUUGGCAGGAGGUUGGACGAUCUUCGAAAUGGUUUCAGUGUCCCGCCGGGAUUUAGCUUUCCUAACCUGAGUGCUCAGACCCAGUCGGGUUCAGGCGGACUGGGUGGCGGCAUCCCUGACCUCUCAUUUGACACCGGUGCUACAUGGGAAGAGAAGAUUGCAUGGAUGAAGAGCCAGACUGACCUUCAGCUUUGGGUCAAGGGAGUUACAUCUCCACUAGACGCCCAGAUUGCCAUUGAGCAGGGUGUUGAUGGUAUCAUCAUCUCCAACCACGGAGGUCGACAGCUAGAUACUACCCCAGCAACAAUCGACAUCCUACGCGAGAUCGCACCUGUUGCUAAGGGCAAGACGCGCAUUGCCAUCGACGGUGGCUUCCGACGUGGCUCUGAUAUUUUCAAGGCUGUUGCGCUCGGUGCUGACUUUGUUUUUGUCGGCCGAAUCGCCAUCUGGGGCCUUGCUUAUGAUGGUUCGAACGGUGUUGGUUUGGCUCUUGACUUGCUUAUCAACGAGUUCAAGCUGUGUAUGGGACUUGCUGGAUGCAGCAAAAUUAGCGAUAUUACGCCUGCUCAUCUGUCCCUCCUGAACGCAAAAGGCGUCUUGGAGGGUGUGUACUAGAAGCAACCAUGUAUUCGACUUGAUGGUGAUAGAUAUAAAAUAGAAGCAGCUUUUGAAUAUGACAGCGCUCUACUUAGUAUGUCUGAUUUAGAAUCUGCGACCCCUGCCUAGCCUGCCUAUUUUCUCCCCGCCCCUUUGCUAUAAGGAGUGUAUACCUCCAAACGAGACCAGUUCAUAUCGUCCACUGCAGUCUUGUCUCAAAAGUCAGACGUCCUCAGCAGCAAGACCUCAGGUGUGACCUUGGCGGCGCCGCAAAGCAUAUCCGUGGUGCAAUUGCAGGGUAACAUACUUGGACCAUCUCCAAUACACAACUUUUUGGUAAGAAUACGUGGCAUAGUAGUACCAACAAUACUGUCACUAAGCGUUAAAGUGGUGGCAUGAACAACAAGAACAAGUUUCAUGACUUAAGCAACGCAGACGGCAUUAAUUCUUUACUCUGUUAUCGCGGGAAUGAUAAAUCAUACCUCGUUCAAGCCGAUCCGCAGAGCCUCCCCCCUGGCCAAUUGUGGCUUCACACAUGUCAAUCAAUUUUAGCUUAAAGUUUAACCUAAAAAGCCAUUACUCAAUUCACAUACCGUAACGUCAAUCACCUUGAGUCCUUUUCGUAAGACCGGGACAUCAAAUUGUUCAGUGAUCAAAGCUGCCGCCGCCGUUAUCGAUAUCGCGUAUAAUCCGUCUUGCCAAGUCAGAACCUUGAUAGUCACGUUCUCGCCAUGACAUUUCCUCCGAAAUCGCGAUCCCUUUUCAGUGCCGGCAUCACUCGGGGACAGCGCUGCUGUCAUCUUUUAGCGCUGAGUGCCCCGAAUGCCGCUCAGAACCUGGUUUACCUACAUAUCUAGCGUGGGAUGAUGACCCUGUUGUCCUUUCGGCCGAAAUGCGUCGUCGGAAGGCUCGAUCCGUAUGGCGCAAUAGGCGACUGAGCUACGGGAAAUGGUGAUAUUACUCGAAUUUCCAGAAUCGAACCAAAAACUCUGU